CACACACACACCAAAUACAAUGCGUGACAGUCCGUGCCACACACAGCACGAGUCAUGAAUGGCAGCCCUCCAGGAGCACAGCAGAGAAGAGGGACGAGGCAUCGUUUUUCAUCUAAAAUAGAGGACUAUCAUAAAGCGACGGCCAUAAUGAAGUUCGAGAUCAGAUGCUGUUUAAUUGGAAAUACACAUCUACCAAGGUUUCGACCUCCGGAGGCCGUCUGAGAUAAAUCAACCUGUUGCGUCGGGACAGUGAUGCAAGCGCAAGCUUCUUCAGCUCGGAUGCUGCCGAUCAGUUUGUUUCACAAGGAACGGUCGAGCUUUCUUUGUCUUGUCUUGUCCUGUUGAAUCAUGUGUGCAAUUUCAAUAUUUGACGACUCAGGAUUCUAAAUAAUCUUUUCUGAUUUGAAGAACACACGGAAAAUCAUGGGACAUCUCGGCAAAAAGACGUCCCCAAUACGAAGGGAUCAAGUCAUGGAAGAGUAAUGGCUGAGAAGUUUGAUCCCAUGAUCUCCUCUGUCUCAAAUCGUCCGGUGACAAAUCUUACAACCGUCCCAUGGGAGCAACUUCCAACAGUUCCUUCCGAUGUGGGCGUGGUCACAAGUUCCCAGUCGCAGCUCAAAGACCUUAUUGGCUUGUUCUGCAUGGUGUCGCUAAACCUUAUCGCUUUGCUGGCCAACAUCGGAGUGAUGGUGGCCAUUGCUCGGGCCCCACACCUCAAGAGAUUCGCUUUCGUGUGCCACCUUUGCGCCGUGGACCUGCUGUGCGCCGUUCUCCUCAUGCCCUUGGGGAUUAUAUCCAGCUCGCCCUUUUUCGGUACUGUGGUGUUCACCGUUCUCGAGUGUCAGGUUUACCUCUUUCUCAAUGUGUUUCUUAUCUGUUUAUCAAUUCUCACUGUCACGGCCAUCAGCGUGGAGCGAUACUUCUACAUUGUGCACCCAAUGCGGUAUGAAGUCAAGAUGACCAUCAAUUUAGCGAUGGGUGUCAUGCUUUUUAUCUGGGUCAAGUCGCUUCUCUUGGCUUUGUUCACGCUGUUUGGAUGGCCGGCGUACGGCAACCAAAGUUCAAUUGCUGCAGCUCAUUGCUCUCUCCAUGCGAGCCACAGCCGCCUCAGGGGAAUAUUCGCCGUGCUCUACAGUGUUCUGUGUUUCCUGGUUCCUUCAGUGAUCAUCUUUACCGUUUACUGCGCCGUGUACAAGGUCGCUCGUUUGGCUGCCCUGCAACAAGUCCCCGCCCUCUCAACGUGGGCCGCCGCAAACCCGGAUAAAAGUCGGACUGACUCGAUCAGCAGCCAGACCACCAUAAUCAACACCAACCGUUCUCUGCCGCGGAGACUUUCCCCGGAGAGGGCGUUUAGCGGGGGCAAGGCAGCCCUCACCUUAGUAUUCAUUGUGGGUCAGUUCUUGAUUUGCUGGCUACCCUACUUCAUCUUCCACUUGCAAAUGUCUCUGACCGGCUCCUUGCGCAGCCCGGGAGACUUAGAGGAGGCGGUCAACUGGCUCGCCUUCUCCUCAUUUGCAGUGAACCCGUUCUUCUACGGUUUGCUCAACAGGCAGAUCAGGGAGGAGCUGGUCAAGUUUCGUCGCUGCUGCCUAACCCAGCCUGUGGAUUUUGGUGUUUCCAGCCACGAGGGCUCCUUGCAGGAGAACUUCCUCCAGUUCAUCCAGAGAACCAGCAGCACAGCCGAAACCCGCCUCAGCUGUGUCAAUGCCAGUCCCAGAAACACUAUGGACUACAGGGUUAAAAUCCCUGGACAAAUACCUGAAGAUCACGCGAAGACCACAUUAGAUUGACAUUCUAAUUUAUGGAUGGAACGUUUUCUCUUAUUCUUAAGUCUACUUUUUGUUGUUUAAUUGCAGUACUACAGGGGUGCCCAUUAGGUCGAUUCUGGUCUAAGGUCUAAGACAGGUCCCAAGUAGAUCCGAGGAGUGUCGAGGAGGAAAAAAACAAACAACAAUUUGUGUGUCUUUGUACAUGUUAGUAAUAUAUUUUUGUGUUAAUAUACACUGUACCCUAAUCAUCUUAUCAGUCUCAUUUUCAUACAAAAAAAAAUUAAAAAUAAAAUAAAGCAGGUAAUCUUAAAUUUCCGGUGACGUGAUUACGUCACCGGAAGUUGUUAGCGCUCAGCAGUUUGUAAUUGCAGCUUGUGAUUACAGCUGUUGCGCUCUAUCUUUUAUCGUCAUGAUUCUCAUUCAAAGUUUGCUUCGUGUACCAUUCAUCGAGGGCACGAGCAAAGAAUAGGAAUCCAGGAGGGCCCAGGGAAGCACUUUAAAACGGUACGUGUGAGCUACGAUAGUUAACAGGCUGCAAAAGUGCGUCGCAUGCCUCCGUUUCAAGCUGUUUCUCAUCAUGGCGCGCGUGUGUGUGUGUGUGUGUGUGUGCGCGCGCGCGCGCCGGUAAGGGUAGAUCCCGGGAGGUUAGUUGAUCGAAAAGUAGAUCUUCGAUCCAAAAGGUUUGGGCACCCCUGCAGUACUACAUCCCGGGUGGACUUUCACUUUUAGCCAAGGUGCUUUGGCUGUAACAAACUAUUUCAUGGUUGUGAUCAACUUUGUUCCUUCCCCCAACUACUUUGAAAAAAAUGGUGGGGCAUCUCGCUCUUGUGUCACGUUUCCAACGGACAUUAACAGCACGGGUCUACCCUGCUCACCACAUUGUCUCAAACAGGAAAAGAAAACCGGAACCCAAGACUAAGUACUCCCAAAAUACAAUAACAUUUAUGAGAUUAUUCAUACGGAUUUCGAUUCCAAAUAGAUAUGCCGGGGCACCGUAAAACGUUUGUGGAAAUGUAUUUCUCCUGUUACAUUUAGAUUUGAGCUUCCGUUAUGUACAGUUGUUCUCUGUGAUAUGAUCCACUAAUUUACAGUAAUGUUCUCUAUGGAAAACAAGCCGCUGAAAGUGUCAUCCCUCACCCCACGUCCAUAUCAUUCAUUGAAGAGUUAUUAUGAAGGGAGCUUUGUAAAGUACUGGGUGCUAAUGUUGCCUGGCAAUGGUGUACUGUAACUUGAUGAGAAGAAGUAGCAUAGAGCGACUCCCACAUAUCAAUAAAUGCUCUCUGAGCUCCAGAGUGUGAGGAACACUCAUGUAUCUGAGGGACAAUAUCUCCGAGUUCCUGUGUGCAACAGAUAUGCUAAAUGUCACCUACCUCGGUCGUCAUGACAAUUGAGUGAGCCAGUGACUCACAUAGCAACAAGGACCUUUGGGUUGGAUGUAAGCUUUUGAUCCUGGUUGCGUCUACCUAUUCUGUGUCUGCAUGCAUGACGAGGACCACCCUAUAUAUUCAGAUAGUCUUCAUCAGUCUGAAAAUGAGCUACGCGGCGGCAGGAAAGAAUCAGGUUUAUUAUAUAAGUGUAAUGUGUACAGGGAGGGAGCAAUGGUGAAUAUAUAAUGGGAAUCAUUACAGGACAUUGAUAAUGCUCUUAGAGUGCCAACAAAGUGCUAUUUUAUGGCCGCCGUUGUUUGUAUUAGCCUUUCAUAAAAGGAAGACAGAUUGCCGUGUUCACAGAAAAUGAUGUCAAAGACAUGAUCUUCUCUUAACCCAUCCAUCCAUUCAUUUUCUGAGCUGCUUAACCUCACAAGGGUCGCGGGGCAUGCUGGAGUUUAUCCCACCAGUCUUUGGGCAGUGGGCGGGGCACACCCUGAACUGGUUGCCAACCAAUCACAGGGCACACAUAGACAAACGCUCACACUGGCAGCUAGGAAAAAAAUUGAGUGUUGCAUUAACAUGCCACGCAUGUUUCUGAAAUGUGGGAGGAAACCGGAGUACCCGGAGAAAACCCACACAGGAAUGGGGAGAACAUGCAAACUCCACCAAGGAAGGGCGAAGCCAGAAUCGAACCCCCACCUCUGCACUGUGAGGCUGACACGCUAACCAGUCGACCAAUGGGCCGCCUGAUUGCUAACCAAGAGCUACAAACCUUUAGUGCAAGGUUGUCUUUUUCACGAGAACCACAACAUGGUGAGAUAUGUUCCCCCCAAUUUUGAGUUGUGAUUUAUUUAUUUGAUUUUAACCUCCAAUCGUCCGACCUAACUCUGGACCGGGCCAUAAUCCCGAGCCUUAGACCGAGUACCUAACAUUAACCGUAAUCCCAAUUACAACCUAGAACCCCAGCUCUAACACUGAAUCCCAAACCUAAACCCCAAACUAACCAAUAAUCCCUACUGCCAAGGCCCAACCCAAACCAAAACCACUCAAUCUAAUCCUGACCCAAUUCUCAUUCCGACGACAACAGUACACCCAAACAUUGAGUCAAACACUCAACCUCCAAUCAAAGGAUGAAACCGCAGAGACAUGAGCAAACAAACAAAACAAUGACAUAACCGAACAACUUGGAGCCACGUUUGACUUCGGAAUGACACGACUCACAAACUGAAAAUGACAAAACGAGGGAGAGCACCAUCUAGUGGGGCGGAAAGAGAUCUACAGCGUUACACUUUUUGAAAUGAACCGUUGAAGUUCUACAGAUAUCAUGAAAGCAAUCCUUCCUCCCUGUCCUGCCUCUUCAUCUGGGACUUUGUUCUAAACAGCAUCUAACAUAUUUUCGAUGCAUUUUAUUGAAACAAACCUUGAAGUUGGGGUGGAAAACAACUCAGCCGCGCCAUACUUACUCCUUGACCACUAGACGUCAGUCCAGUACAACAUUUGGAAGAGGUUACGAUGAUAGUUACAGUUUCGAAUUAUUACACACAACUAUUUGUAUACAAGUAAUAAAUAGCAUUUUCCAUCACGUGUCCCCUUGAAAUCAUCUCAUUGCAUAUAUUUUUGAUGCUGUCACAGCUUUCAGACUUGACUAUUGGAUGACCUUAAAAAAAAGUCUUGCUGUAUGAUGUAUCAUUCUUUUGAUCCAUAAUUAGGAGGAGUGCCACAUUCACAGCAACUGUGUAUGAAAAGAAUGGCGUAUCUGAAGGGCGAUGGCUGGUGGCCCUUUCUCAAACAAGACUUAAUGAGACAUCCAUAUAGAAGUGUCAUGGGAGACAGGCAUGUUGAACUUAAUCAAGGCAUGCCUCAGACUGGAGCUAUGCAUCAGCACGGUGUUACGUUUCACUUUGGUGAUAAGCACCAGUGGUUGUCCUCCAUCUCCUGGACACGAACGAAUAGCAGUAUAAUGCAGUCCCCCCCCCCCAGACCAACGACUACCAAGUGAUUUAGUAAACACUGGAAUAUCGAAAGACUUUGAAUGAGGAUAUAGAAUAUACGCCUGAGUAUUGUUUAUUGUCUGUCUCUGUGACGUAAAACACAACUCGUCUGGACCAGCCACCAGUCGCAGUCUGGCUUGUGUUCUCAUUUAUGAUUACUUCAAAAAGUGAUUAUAAGAUGUCACGUGACAUCUUUGUACGGCUGUUGAUGAACUACGAGUAGGUCAGAGUA